AUGUAUUUCGGCGAAUAUCCGCUCUCCUUUGCCGUGUGUAUGAAUCAACCCGAUCUGGUUCGACUACUCGUGGCAAUGAAGGCCAACCUGAACGCUCAGGACACAAACGGAAACACAGCACUUCAUCUUUGCGUGAUCCAUGAAAAAAUAGAAAUGAUGAAGAUGGCUUUGGAGGCUGGCGCCCGAUUGAACAUUGCCAAUAAACAAAGUUUGACACCCCUAACUUUGGCAGCAAAGCUCGCGAAAAAAAGAAGGUUCUUGCUUUUCAACAUCAUUCUCGAAUUGGAAGGCGAAAGUGUAUGGGUUUACGGAGAGGCGAAUUGCUUUUCGUACCCACUGACAAAGAUCGACACAAUCAACGAAGUGUCUGGCGAGAUGAACGAGCAGUCAGCUCUUUCACUCGUUGUCUAC